AUGGCGGAAGCCGUUGCUGAGGCUCCCAGCCGACAAAGCUUAGUCAUCACCCUCGCGAAAGGGGCGCGACAUCAUGUGAUCCUCCCGAUCCCCGACGACAUGUCCAGGUCCCCAGAGCAGUAUAUCGCCAUCGUCAACAGAUACCUCCCUUAUACCCUCAAGAACCCCGCGACGCUCAAGAUGGCGGACUUGUCCAACGAAGACGAGCGCGAGCGUCUCAAGGCCGCCCUCUGGUUCGCAGUCGGCAAGAUUGUCGACGAGGAGUCAAUCAAGCAGAACUGCAACGCCACGCCGCAGUACAUUGGCGCGCUGACCGAAAUGGUCUGGGCACAGAUUGAGUCCGUCGCCACCGACCUAGAGAGCUUCAGUCGGCACGCGCGGAGAUCGACGGUCCACACGGAGGACGUCGUCCUGCUGGCCCGCAAGAACCCGGACCUGCUCGACAUUGUCCGCGGUUUCGUCGAAGAGCAAAAGGCGGAGAAGCUCAGGAAGGGGAAAGGCAAGCAGAAGAGAUGA